GACGGGAAACCCGUCACGGACUUGUUUUAUAAUUAGGUUUUCACCUAUUAUUCAAAUAAUAGAUUCCCCUAAUUGUUCUCUGCCGAUACUUAUAGUAUUUACAUUUACAUUGCCUUUAUUUAUUCAUUGCCCUUCCUUCCCAAUUAUCCGUCACGGGCUGCUACAAAACAAUUUCUGCCCUCUUCACCUCUAUGAAAAUAUAUACUGCAUCUUAUUCUCUCAAGAAAGAUACCUUCUUUUUCUUCAUUUCAUCCUUUCAAGGUUUCACACUCAUUGAUGGGUUCUGCUUCUCUAAACAGAGUGCCUAAGGUCUCUGUUUUCCUGAGCCUUUUCCUCUGUUUUUCUUUUUAUUCGUUAAAUCCAAGGGUUAGAGUUUUAGCACAAUCAUCGCCUGUUUUUGCCUGCGAUGUUGUGAGCAACCCAUCAUUGGCAAGUUUUGAUUUCUGUAAUACGUCAUUGGGAUUCAAUGACAGAGUUGUAGACCUUGUGAAGAGACUCACAUUGCAAGAGAAAAUUGGUUUCUUGGUUAAUAGUGCAGGAAGUGUGAGUAGACUCGGGAUACCAAAGUAUGAAUGGUGGUCUGAGGCUUUACAUGGAGUAUCUUAUGUGGGUCCUGGUACACAUUUCUCCAAUGUCGUACCUGGAGCUACAAGCUUUCCUCAGGUCAUCUUAACUGCUGCUUCCUUCAACGCUUCCCUUUUUGAAGCCAUUGGAAAGGUGGUUUCUACUGAAGCUAGGGCUAUGUACAAUGUGGGAUUGGCAGGCUUGACGUUUUGGUCACCAAAUAUUAACAUAUUUCGUGAUCCCAGAUGGGGAAGAGGCCAGGAGACGCCAGGUGAAGACCCAUUGCUUUCAAGUAAGUAUGGGUCAGGUUAUGUUAGAGGUCUGCAACAAAGGGAUGAUGCUGAUGACAAUAGGCUUAAGGUUGCUGCAUGCUGUAAACAUUAUACAGCCUAUGAUUUAGAUAAUUGGAAAGGGACAGACCGUUACCAUUUCAAUGCUGUGGUAACAAAGCAAGACCUGGAUGAUACAUUUCAACCACCAUUCAAAAGUUGUGUUCUUGAUGGGAAUGUUGCCAGUGUCAUGUGUUCUUACAAUCAGGUCAAUGGUAAGCCUACUUGUGCUGAUCCAGACCUCCUUUCUGGAGUCAUCCGAGGCGAAUGGAAAUUAAACGGGUACAUUGUUUCUGACUGUGAUUCAGUCGAUGUGUUCUACAAUUCUCAACAUUAUACCAAAACACCAGAAGAAGCUGCAGCUAAAGCUAUAUUGGCAGGGUUGGAUCUCAAUUGUGGAUCCUUCCUAGGCCAACACACGGAAGCUGCAGUUAAGGCAGGAUUAGUGGAUGAGCCGGCAAUUGAUAAGGCUGUCUCAAACAAUUUUGCCACCUUGAUGAGACUGGGUUUUUUUGAUGGCGACCCUAGCAAGCAACUCUAUGGAAAGCUUGGUCCAAAAGAUGUUUGCACAACAGAGAACCAAGAUCUGGCCCGUGAAGCCGCAAGGCAAGGGAUAGUGUUGCUUAAGAACAGUCCAGGAUCACUGCCUCUAUCUCCUACUGCCAUAAAAAACUUGGCAGUAAUUGGACCCAAUGCCAAUGUCACAAAGACAAUGAUUGGAAACUAUGAGGGUACCCCGUGCAAAUAUACGACCCCUUUGCAAGGACUAACAGCAUCAGUUGCAACUACUUAUCAGGCAGGCUGCUCUAAUGUUGCAUGUGGCACAGCACAAGUGGAUGAUGCCAAGAAAGUAGCAGCCUCGGCAGAUGCCGUUGUGCUUGUCAUGGGCGCUGAUCAGUCUAUCGAGAGAGAAAGUCUUGACAGGGUCGACCUUCUUCUUCCAGGACAGCAGCAGCUUUUGAUAACAGAAGUUGCAAACGUUUCCAAGGGACCUGUGAUUCUUGUUAUAAUGUCCGGAGGUGGCAUGGAUGUAUCAUUUGCAAAGACUAAUGACAAAAUCACAAGCAUCCUAUGGGUUGGCUACCCUGGAGAAGCUGGUGGAGCUGCCAUAGCUGAUGUGAUUUUUGGGUAUUACAAUCCAAGUGGAAGACUUCCAAUGACAUGGUAUCCACAAUCAUAUGUGGACAAAGUACCAAUGACAAACAUGAACGUGAGACCAGAUCCUUCUACUGGUUAUCCAGGUAGAACCUAUAGAUUCUACACAGGAGAAACUGUUUAUUCGUUCGGAGAUGGGCUGAGCUAUUCCAAAUUUGAGCACAAACUAGUUCGAGCACCUAAAUUAGUAUCUGUCCCGUUGGAGGAAGACCAUGCUUGUCGAUCGUCGAAAUGCAUAUCAAUUGAUGCUGUAGAGCAGACUUGUCAAAAUUUAGCUUUUGAUGUACAUUUGAAAGUUAAAAAUACAGGAAAAAUUAGAGGAAGCCAUACGCUGUUCUUGUUCUCUACACCUCCAUCAGUGCACAAUUCACCACAGAAGCAUUUGGUGGAUUUUGAGAAGGUUUCUUUGGACGCACAAACAGUUGGAAUGGUGCAAUUUAAGGUGGAUGUAUGCAAGCAUUUGAGUGUCUCCGAUGAAUCUGGAAGCCGGAAAGUUGCCUUGGGAGAGCAUGUUCUUCAUGUUGGCAGCCUCAAACACUCCUUCACUGUGAGGGUUUGAAUCAAGUCUUCAAAUCCUUUGCAGUGUUUUGAUUUCCUUUUUCCCUCAUUUUCGAAAAAAAAAAGCAUUUCAAAAUGGAAAAUUGUGCUGUGAGUUACAGGUUGAGAAGGUUUUAACAAUUUUCUCAAUAAUUCAUAUUGCCAAAAUGCUUGAAAAUUUGCAUUUUGAAAUCCAAAUUAGUGAAGUUUCUUUUUA